GGGCGUGCGCGCUGGGAAGGAGGGAGGAGGCGGCGGCUGCCGGGCCGGGCCCGGGGGUGCAGUGAUGGCGUCCGCCGGCCAGGGCCAGGGCCCCGAACGGGUGUCGGGGUCCGAACGGGGGUCCGGUCGUGCCCGAGGGCGGCCCAGGGCCCGAGCCCGGCGCUGGCGGAGGAUAGUCUACUGGAUCCCCGUGCUCUUCAUCGGCCUCCUGCUCGGCUGGUCCUACUACGCCUACGCUGGACAGCUCUGCGUGGUGUCAAUGGAAAAUAUUGGAGAACAAGUCGUGUGUCUCAUAGUAUAUCACUUGCUCUUUGCGAUGUUUGUCUGGUCUUACUGGAAAACCAUCUUCACGCUGCCGAUGAAUCCUUCCAAAGAAUUCCAUCUGUCCUACGCUGAGAAGGAGCUGCUAGAACGAGAACCUCGGGGGGAGACCCAUCAGGAAAUCCUGAAGCGAGCGGCCAAAGAUCUUCCCGUCUACACGAGGACCAUGUCUGGAGCUAUCCGAUAUUGUGACAGAUGCCAGCUCAUAAAGCCCGACCGAUGUCAUCACUGCUCCGUCUGUGAUAAAUGUAUUUUGAAAAUGGACCACCACUGCCCUUGGGUGAACAAUUGUGUCGGAUUCUCAAACUACAAGUUUUUCCUCCUUUUCUUGGCCUAUUCCCUUCUCUACUGCCUGUUUAUCGCUGCAACUGAUUUACAGUAUUUUAUCAAGUUCUGGACGAAUGGCCUUCCUGACACCCAAGCCAAGUUUCACAUUAUGUUCUUAUUCUUCGCGGCCGCCAUGUUCUCCGUCAGUUUGUCUUCUCUUUUUGGCUACCACUGUUGGCUGGUUAGCAAAAACAAGUCUACGUUAGAGGCUUUCAGAAGUCCUGUUUUUCGCCAUGGAACAGACAAGAAUGGCUUCAGCCUGGGGUUCAGCAAAAACCUGCGCCAGGUGUUUGGGGAUGAGAAGAAGUAUUGGCCGUUGCCUGUGUUCUCCAGCCUUGGAGAUGGCUGCUCCUUCCCCACCUGCCUCGUGAACCAGGAUCUCGAGCAGCAGUCCACUCCAGCCGGACUGACCCCAGCCAUCAAAAACCUCGAAGGACACCAGUUUCCUUCCAAACCAUUAAGGGAGUCCCAGAGCCACCUUCUUACUGACUCUCAGUCUUGGACAGACAGCAGCCCAAAUCCUGACAAGGGCAAAGAAGGUAUGAGCAAUCCUGGGCUGACCAUUGAAAAUGAGACCUAGAGACUCUUCACACAGAGUUUGAGGUCAUGGUGCUGUGAUCACCAAAGGAGACUCUUCAACAAGGAAGGACAUCCCACGAUUGGCCCGUAAUUCCAUUUACUCCUUGGGUAGACCUACUCAGAUAGAAAAGCAGAGACGAUUCCUUCUCUGUGCCAUUGCUUGAAACAUAACAGAACUGCAGAAAUUUUUCUAAAAUGUAAAGAAUGUUUCAACUAACAAAUCCUUGCUGAAUGCUAAGAGGGCAGUGGUAGGUUAUGAGCUGAGGGGGAAGAAAGCUCCCCUCCCUUCCUUGUGAAUCUUGGAGGACAGAGUUCACAAUGGAAUGGACUUCACCACCAGGGGUUCAGAUAGCACAAUUUAUCAUCUAACUAGCUAAUUUGGUCAGCUGAUUUUCAAAAUCAAAACACUUUCAUGCCAGGCCAUCACUUGAAGUCAGAAUCUCUCAAACCUGUCUUUUAGUAUCUGCCUUGGGGAAGCAGGAUGUUACCGUGAAGUCUGAGGGCCUGGGCACCUCCUAUCCCAGCUUGGCCUCUUGCUACCAGUGUGACCCCGAACAGGUUUCUGGGGCUUCUUCAGCCGCAAACCGAGGGAAUCGGGCUCGCUGGCCCUCCAAGUCCUUUCCAGUCUCACAGCUGUGCUGGGUGAGCAGAUAGAGGGAACAGAUCCGACCCACCGGCAGCAUCCUCAGCCGGGGGAGACAUGGUUCCGACCCCGAGAGCCCAGUAAGAUAGAAUCUCCCCCAACGGUCAUCUCCAUCCCGUGCUCCAAAGGGCAUGUCUGAAUGGGGAGACCUGAGACUAUACUGGCGACAAAUCAACUAAGGACUGGAGCUGCUGUGAUGUGGUUUUCAUCACGUCGGCACGAGAAUUAAUUUCCCCAUUUUCAGUCUUCCCAGAAUCAACGAAAAAAGCAGCACCACAAUGUCAUAACCUUCAAGAGGCCAAACGAGAGCCACCAAUUGAACCUGUUUCUGAAUCCAUCCCUAACCUGUCUCUCCAGGUAGUACUGAACCCAGGAAAGAGGUCGCCCUUCCACCAGACUCUCCCACGGGCCCAGAAAGGAAUAACCCACUGGGUAUCGACGUCCUCUUCAGCUUAGCAAAAUAGCGGUGGUGAGGCCAUGUGCAGAGGCCCACAGAAAACCCUAUUUCUGGUCUGAGGUUGGGUUCGAAAUAAACUGAAAUCGUAUUUGUAUGAAGUAAUGUGGAAAUGUUCUGCCCCACCGAGAAACCCUCGUGCCUUUGGGUGCACUAACUAUUGCCAGAAUGUUAAUUAGCGCAUUCCCUUUUGAGAGGUGAACCCAUGAAUUUUAUAUAAGUGUUAGGAUUUUACAAUGAUAGUUUUUAUUGCACUGACCCUGGAAAUUUAGUGUAGGCAGCCUGUUAAUAGGCCUGGAGUCCAAUUAGCAGGGAAAUGAUGAUGACCUGGAGUUCACCGCGUUUGCUUGGGCAAAGACACAAAGCCAUCCAUAGAAAACCAGGCAAGGCCCGGGGAAAGUGAGCUCACCACAGGGCCCCUUCUGGCUUUAUUCCUGCCGAUCGGGAGCCCGAUUCUUUAUUCAAAUAGGGUGAGUUUAGAGAAGAAGCCCGAAGCCCUCUCUCUUCCCAGAGCCCAUUUGGCAGCCUCACCUCGAGGUUUGGAGGGGGAACUCUGGAGGGAGGGAUGGCAACAUUUUCUUUUUCAUGUUCCUUUCGAGAAACAACAGUGAUCUUCAUCCGAUGUACCCUGAUUUCCUCUGCAAAAUCUUUUCUCAGCAGAUGUUACAUCUUCAUUUUUAUUUUGGUGUAAGGGCUUUUGUUUUUUCUACAAAGAUUUAUGGUUCUAAUUGAGAUUUCACUCACUUAGCACUCGCUGUCUGUCAGGGGAGCAGAGUUCUGUAAGGGUCCCACGGGGUGGGUGUGAUGGGUUGGGAAUGCUCCACUGCCAAGGCCACAAUGGGGCCUGUUUGCUCUGACAGGAUUCAGUCAGGUGGCCGCUCAGUGGCAGUUUUGGGAAAAAUAAGGUUCUUCUCUCCCCAUGUGACCCUUUCGUGCUUGUGGUGGUUGGGUUUCUCACUCCAGUAUUUGGCAAUUACUCAAUGCAGUUUAUCAUCACUAGAUACGUUAAUAAAAGGAGAUUAUCAAGUAGA